GUGAGCUCAUGAAGGUGCCUCAGUGCAGCAGCAAUUAAAAAAACAAACACAAAACUUCAGUUUGCGAUCUCACUCGGUGGAGGAAUCGUCUUGUAUCUUCAUCUGUUUCGUGAUGGAAAAUUUUGCAGAUCUUCUUACAGAUGCAUUUUCAGAGACUUCUGUCCCGUCGUUCCACGAUGAAGAUUUGGACUUUGAGAGUCUUGGUUUUGAUGAUCAGAGAUGGAGAGAGAAGGCAGAAGACACGACGACAUAUGAAGAUUUGCUCCAGGAAGCAGCUGCAGCGAGCGGAGCUUUGCUAGAAGAAGACGUUUUGUUUGUGGCAGAGAGAGCUGAUGAAGAGCAGGACAGCGAUGAAUCUCCUGAGGUAAACUUUGAAGAUGAAACACCAGAAAAAGAUUACAAAAGCUCGGAUGAAGAUUCGGAUCAGGAAGGUUCUGUCUCUGGAGAAGAUGAAGAGGUCGGAUCGGGGACAGCAGAGGAACCAGGGGAGUUGUUGAUGGAAGCUCACUGCCUCGGUGGUGAUAAAGAGGACAAGAUCUUCACUGAGGGACGACCUUUAGACCCAGAGGGUGGUGAUAACCCUCAAGUUAGAAACAAAACACCCAGUGAGGUUGAAGGUGACGUGGAUGUGGGCUAUUUUGGUGGCGUCCCAGAACGAAGCAGAGAGAUGAUGAUGAUGAUAGCGAUGAAGGAGGAAGAGCAAGAAAGAGAGUCUGAGAACUUGAAAGAAAAACAAGAGGAAAGCGUUCCGUCGGAUGGCAGGGAGGAUCCGUGCUCGGAUGGGAAAACCAGUGAGAUGUUUCCAGACAUAUCGCUGGAAUAUCUGCAGGAUCUGAUCGAUGAAGUUGAUGAUGAGGAAGAAUGUGUGGAGAAAAUAGCCGAAUUUUCUGGGGAGGAGCACCAGGAGGCAGGUGAGAGCUUUGCAGAUUAUCCUUCGGACUUUUCUUCCUGUGAAUACACAGAAGGAGGGGGAAAUGAUCAUGAGCAGAAGAUGAGCGCUGAGCCUUCUGCAAGGCAGGAUGUGAAUGUGGAGGAAUCUGCAGCAGAAAUGAAGACUACAGCUGAGCUCUUUGAUGAGGAGGAGAAAGAUGAAGUCCUGUACAGCAUAGAUCUAGAGAUGAGUGCAAUGUUGAUCCAGGAUGAGGGACAACCUCAGCUUCUUUUGGGUGCAAGUGGAGGUGAUGAUGGAGACGAGACUGGGAAAAGUGGCUCUUCCAGUUCCAGCGAUGAUGAUGAGAAACUGAUCCCAGAGGAAUCUGAAGAGAACAUGAGCUCACACGAUGCUAUCAACACUGAACUAACAGGGAACAUUCAGCUUUACGGGGACGGCAUUGCCAUGCUGUCCAGGUGGGGAGCCUCGGAUGACCACCACUUCACAGAUAAUACAGAUGAAUUCACAAGUUUUGAACUUCUGAAAACUGACAACGAAACACUGUUGAGCACACCACCUUCAGAUGUGAACCGCAGUCCAGAUGACGAUCCGAGCACAACGUCACAAAAUGAGGAGAGAAAAAAGGCAACUCUUUCCAAUCAGGGAUCAAUCGAUGACGACUUUUUGUUUGAAAAUGAACAAAGUAGCACCUGGAACGAUGAGCAGGGGGAACUGGGAGACGAUGAGGAUGAAAAAGAUAGGUGGGAACAAGAACAUGAGAGAAUUGAGGCUUUCUACAAGUUUUACAACGACAGUGAUGAGGACAAUGCAGGAGAGAGGCAAACUAAGGUUCAGUUUUGUUCAAACCCCUUAUCCCAAGUCAUCCACUAUGACAAUGAAAGCAGUGACAGAGAUUCAGACACCAGCUCUUCAAACAGAGACGAGGAUCUUAACUCUGCAGAAAGAUCAGAGGAAUUGGUGGAAACAGAAGACAUGUUGCAAAUCAAACCUGCAUCUGAUCCCCCAACCGAUCAGCCGCCAGAAAGCCCAGCAGAUGUCAGUAACACACCCGCCUGCACAGAACAUCAUGAGAGUCCUCAGCUCCUGAAGCUGGUUCUGAAGAUGAGUGUGAUGAUGGUGAUGGGCCUGCUGAUGUUCUGUCUGACCACAGACCAGGCGGACUGGUUCAGUCAGUUUUUCUUCUUCUAGGACACCGGCUAAUUUUGUUAUUGAAACUUUUGAAAAUGAAAACACAUGUUGACAUUGCUGACAUAAGUAGAAGACGUAAACUUCUUUAAGCUAUUUUGACACGAGUGAAGAUUAGAUCACUCUGAUUUAAAUAACACUGAUGGAUUUAUGUAUAUACAUGGCUAAAUUUAUGACAUUUUUCCUUAAUUUUUUUAAAAUGUUACUGUUUUUUUGUUUCUUUUUUGUUACAGAAACUGAAUGUUUAUAAAUCUCAAAAUAAAAUACAGUCCUUUCUUAUUAUUAUCUUCUCAAGUUAAUUCUUUGUCAUUUUUGUUUGCUAUACCAAUAAAGGUUUGAGGAAAAAAUGUGCAAAUCUAUGCAGACAUCAGAAAAUUGGUAAAGAGCAUUAUUACCAUAAAUUUAACUGGUGUAAAAAACAAAGUUUAAAUUGCUGCUUAUUAUUUUUAUUUUUUUUUUACCCACGAUUAAAUGUAUUCAUUGUCAAUCCAACUUGUCUUUAGGGCUUUAAGUCUGUUACAGCUGAAAUACCAAAAGUCAAAUGAACAGGAAACAAAAAUUUUUGGUUUUAAUUUUAACAGAAGUAAAACUAAGAAUAAAAGUUAAAAGUGAGACAACAUGUAUUUGGA